AUGUCCAACCCAUUCGAUCUAUUAGGUAACGACGUCGAAGACGCUAACGUUGUCGUCUCACCACCAAGAGAACUUGUUAAGAAGAACACUUCUUCCAAGAAGGCCGAUGUUCCACCACCAUCCGCCAACCCAGCCAGAGCUAACAAGAACAGACCACAAGCUACUGGUAACGACAAAGCUUUCAAGGACAAAUCUGCUGGUAGAGACCAAAACAGAAGAAAGGAAGCUCCAGCUCCAUCCAAGAGAACAAACAACAGAAGAGCUACUGACCGUCAAUCCAGAUCCGGUAAGGUUGACACCCAAAAGAAGGUCCAAAGAGGCUGGGGUGAUGACAAGAAAGAGUUAGAGGUCGAAGUUGAAGGUGAAGCUGAUGCUGAUGCUGAAUUAGAAGCUGACAAGGCUUCCCGUUCUGCUGCCAACAACAAGAUGUCCUUAGAGGACUACAUGAAGUCCAUUUCUAACAGUGAAUUCAACAGAGUCGCUGAAGUCACCAAGGUUGCCGAAACUUUAGAAAACGCUCAUAUCUUCGUUAAGGAAGAAGAAGUUUUAGCUGAAGCUACUAAGGUCAAGACCUUAAAGAGCAGAGAAAUCAAGGUCAAGGAAUUCUUAGAUUUCGAUGCUACUUUUGCUGACAACAACUCUUCAAGAACCAAGAAGAACUUCUCUAACCACGCUGGUAAAGGUGAAAGAGGUUCCAGAGGUUCCAACAAGUCUAAGAGUGGUAACACCGUUCAAAGAAACACCAAAAUUGACACCAAGAACUUACCAUCUUUGGCUUAA